AAACGUUGCUUCAUCAGAUGCAAAUACAAUAUUCAGAAUAUGCUUCUUCAUUUUCUUUUACUCACAACCUAAGCAAACUUUAUAUACAGAUACUUUGUAUCUAUCCAUCCAUCUUCGCUCUGUAAAAUUUUGAGCUUCUUUGAGAAUCUCGAGUAACUAUGGCAUCUGGGCUAUCGGGUAGGGGACGAGAUUCGGGCACGAAAUCUUUCGAUUUCGGGUCGGAUGAUAUUCUAUGUUCAUACGAAGAUUUCGGCAAUCAGGAUGGGAAUAACGGAAACCACGCGGAUCCGUCUUUUCUAGCUAAUUCGACUAAGGAAUUUCACAAAAACAGAGUAGCUAGAUCAUCUGGUUUUCCUACUACUUACAGCCCACCAGAAGAAUCUUCAUUUAAUCAAGAUGUUAUCUGUACUGUUGAUAAGACCAUGAAGAAAUAUUCAGACAAUCUCAUGCGUUUUCUUGAGGGAAUUAGCUCGCGACUGUCACAGUUGGAAUUAUAUUGUUACAAUCUUGACAAAUCUAUUGGGGAAAUGCAUUCCGAGUUAGUUCGUGAUCAUGGAGAAGCAGAGACAAAGCUCAAAUUUCUGGAAAAGCACGUCCAAGAGGUUCAUAGGUCUGUGCAGAUCAUAAGAGAUAAGCAAGAACUGGCUGAAGCUCAAAAGGAGCUAGCCAAGCUUAAUCUUGUGCAAAAGGAAUCCUCUUUGGCUAGCAAUUCACAGCAGAACGAGGAUAGACCAUCACAACCUGCUAUUGAGGCCAAAAAGAGUGAUAACUCAUCAGAUGCACAUGGUCAGCAAUUGGCACUUACUUUACCACAUCAAGUUGCUCCUCAACCACUCCCUCCUGUACAACCCAUUGAGCAUCAGCAGGCUCCUCCUAUGGCACCCCCACCAUCCUUGGCUUCUCAUAGUAUGGCACAAGCACAGUCGUAUUACUUGCCUCCAUCUCAGGUUCAAUAUCUGCCCACACAAACUCAAGUUCAAGAUCUCUCUAGGAUGGCACCUCAGCAGACACAAUCAAACCAGAGCCCGCAGGUACAGUCGUUACCCCAAUAUCAGCAGCAGUGGACACAGCAGCCACCUCAGCAGGUUCAACAACCCCAGCAGCUCCAUAUGCAACCACAGAUUAGAUCCUCAUCUCCAGCACUUUAUCCUUCAUAUCCACCAAAUCAGCCAAAUCUUUCUGCAGAAAUGACCCCUAAUAGCAUGCCAAUGCAAGUGUCAUAUUCAGUAACAUCCCAACUGGGCACUGCUGGACCUGAGGCAAUGUCUUAUGGUUAUGGUGGUGUUGGCAGACCAAGUCAGCCUCAACCUCCCCUGCAGCAUCCGAAGACUGCAUACAAUGCACAAUCGGGAGAUGGGUAUAUGCCUAGUGGACCUCGUCCAGCACUUCCCUCGGGAAAUGCUUAUAUGAUAUUUGAUGGUGAAGGCGGACGGACACACCAACCAACCCCACAAUCUCACUUUCAACAAAAUGCUUAUCCUCCAAGUAGUGUCCCUCCCCAAAACCCACAGCAUAUGGCUGGCUCUAAUAUGAUGAUUCGUCCACCUCAAUUAAUGCGCAGCCAUCCCUACAAUGACUUGAUCGAGAAGCUGGCGGGCAUGGGUUACAGGGCUGAUCAUGUUGUCGGCGUGAUUCAAAGGUUGGAAGAAAGUGGGCAGCCUAUUGAUUAUAAUGCCGUUCUUGACAGGCUGAAUGGACAUUCUUCUGGAGGUUCUCAGAGAGGAUGGUCUGGGUAAAGCAUUCCGCAAACAAUCUCUUAAUUGCUAGUACAAUUUCCAUAAAUUUGGUCUUUUCAUGCAUUGAAUAAAGGAUGGUAAGAGUCGCAUGAUUCAGUAUAUAUAGGGAUGAAGAGAUCGUUUUUAUAUUUGUAAUCUCUUUCCCUGUGUUGUUAUGUUGCUUGUUAUUAUAAAUCACGGUUUUCUUUUUAAUUUGCAAUGGAUAAGACUGAAUGGCGUUGUUCUAUGAAUAGCACUCCCUAGAGGGCAAUGAAAGGGAUGGGGGAGACGGGAUGGUGUGGCAGACAGUGAUUGGGUGUGUUUUUUUUUAACCGUCCAAUUAUGUAUUGACUCGUGUCCCUUCUCUGUAGCAAGAUUGUUGUUAUAUUUAUGCUGUCUUAUUUGAUUCUGCUUAAUUUUCUUGC